UUCGUGUUUUUUGUUCAUUAAUUGUGAAAAAUCAGUAGUUUUACAUGGGUUGGACACCACUUGGACGAAUCCACGGACCUGCAAAAUGGCAAUCCAAUGAAUACAAACUCGAUGGUUUUCAUAAUUUACAUCAAUAAACUUUAACAGCAGAGAAAGAAGAGGAUGAUUUAGUAAUAACCAAUCGACUUUAGUGAAAGCCUGGAAUAGAUCUAGAUAUGCCAGCAAGUGAAAAGAAGUCCAGGAAUGGGCCUUUGUCCUGCAAAAAGAAAUCAUUAACCUCUGAGGUACAGAAUCAGAAAUCAAUUUCCAGCUUUUUUCAGCCAUCUAAAACAAAUUCAGCAACACCUUCAACAAGCACCUUGUUUUCUAAAGUUGGCCAAACAAGUAUUGGCAAGUUAACAUUAAAGAAGGGAAGUACAAAAGAAGCAUCAGAUCAUUUGAACUCUGGAACAGAUCGGCCAGUAGGAAAUAGUACUGAAGAUAUUGAAGGCAAAAUAAGUGCUGCGGUUAAAUGUUUCAUUACAAAAGAACAUUGUUCUUUCAAAACUGAAACUCAAGUAGAUAGAAGGUCUUCAAACCAAUCAAAUUUUACUGUUGUUAAAACUAGCUUAAACCAGUUGAAAAUUGAUUUAAAUCGAGGUAACAAAAGUGACAAAUUCUUACAAAAUGAACCAAUUGUUAUCCCAGAAACACAGGUUUGUCUGUUAGAAAGUACUCCGAAAGUCAAGGGUCAAGAUGAUGAGGGAAUCAUUCCUGAUACUCCACAAAAUGAUAAAAAUGAUGAACCAGUAAAAAAGAAAUCUUUUGGAAGAAGCUUUCUAAGUAGUGGUGCUAACGUGUCUGAAAACCCAUACAUUCUAAAGAAAGAACAUGUAAAAAAGCAACCGGUUUCUAAAGCUAGAAAAGGCCUGAUAUCUUCUUCUUUUAAGUUUAAUGCAUAUGAAAAACAAGACAAUGAUACAGAAAGAGAAAUAAAUGUUCAAGGCGAAGCAAACACAUGUAUCGAGAAUGAAAUUGAAGAUUCAUGCAGUUUACAAAACAGAUUCAGUACAAAUGAAAGUGGCAGUCAAUUAUUGGCAACUGAGAAGGUUACACCUACAAAAGUGUAUCAAGGCAAUAGGUCUUUUAUGAAACGUAUGUCAAAAUGUGGGAGUUCCCCAAACUCAAAAAGAUUUGUUUAUUCAAACAUUGGUACAAACAAUGGAAACACUAAAUUGAUGUCUAAAAAUGUUAGAGAGCUUAUGGCAGGAAGUAGAACUGUUGAUGGGAAUAUAAAGGAUGAAAACCAGAACCUCCCCAUUAAACCUGAAGGAAAUCACAGUAAGGAAGAAAACAACCUACAAGAAAAGCAUGAUAUAUACAAUAGAAUAGUGGACCAGAAAGAGAAUAAAGAUUCAUCCAGCCAAUCAAAUAGUUCUAAAUGUUUACAAAAUGAGACAGGGUCAUCAUUUUCAUAUCAACUGUCAUUGAUCAGAAAACAGAAGCCAGUAGUUUCAGAAAUGAAAAUUGAUGAAGAUGACUGCUUAUGUGCAAUAUUGAAUGAAUUAGAUAAUGAUAACAAAGAAAGUUCAAAGAUGAAAUCUUACCAGCCACCUAUUAUGUCUUUAAAAAAACCCAGAAAUUCAGUACUAGGCAAAUUAUCACGUAAAGAAAAACCUGAGAUAAAUAAAAGUUUAGAGGAAUCCUUAACAGAAGAUGACAUAAAGUUUCUGGAUAAAAUUGAUGAGAAAGUUCAUCAAAAAGUUAACAAAGAAAUUCAGAUAAAAGAAGAUAUGGUCAGUAAGCAUGGCAUGAACACAAUUGAAACUACUUUCCUAAAACAUAAUUUUGUAACAAAGAAGAGAUGGAAAGACAGGAAACUUUCAAACAAUCAGAAAACAAAGGAAUCUGACUCUCACAAUGCAGAUGACAUCAUUCCAACACAGUCAAUUGUUGAGAUUUUAAGCCAGUUAGGGAAAGAUGACAUUAAGGAAAUAAGAGAUGAUCCAAUUGAUGGAUUUUCAGACCAGUUAGAAAAAGAGAAGUUGUCGAAUAAACUUGGAACACAAGCUAAAGAAAAAGAUGUUAUGCAGCCAGUUUGUGUAAAAUUUGGACGACAUAAAGUUGACAGACUUGAUCGUCACAGAAAUGGAAAUGAUUUGUGUUUACAGCUAACGGAUGUAUUUACAAAGAAACAAAAAAACUGCAUACUCUCAGGAUUUUGGGCAGAUACACAUGUUUCUGAAAAUGAUAUUGUGAAUAUUGUUGGAAGUUUUGAUGGAGACACCUAUCAUAUCACAGACAAUAAUGGACUAAUUGUUGUAAACCCUGAUCUACUUCUAUCAGGUACAACAGUUGUAUCAAGUGUCUUUUGUAUGAGAAAAGGUGUUUUAAGCGAGAAAUUCAAGGGCUGUGAUAAAGGAAACCAACAGAUGUUGUAUGGAAGUAUCAUUCAUUUUGUGUUUCAGCAGGUUUUGCAGAAGGGAUUGACAUUAGAGGAACAAAUUUUAAAGGAAGCCACAAACAUAGUACAGCAAGCAAGGUUUUUACAUGACAUGUACAAAUCUAAUACAACAGAAGGAGAGGUUCUAGAAGAAAUAAAGAAAUACAUCCCACAAAUGAAGAAAUGGUUGGACCAGUACACAAAUCUUGCCUCUACAUGUUCCCAAAAAAAAGAAGAUCUGAACAUUACCAAAGUAAUAGAUAUUGAAGAAAAUAUUUGGUGUCCAAGAUAUGGUGUGAAAGGAAAGAUUGAUUUAACGGUAGAAAUACAGAUAAAGAAUAAAGAAAGAUAUGAAAAGUGUAUUGUGCCAUUAGAAUUAAAGACGGGUAGACCUUCCUUUUCUAUGGAACAUAAAGGCCAGGUUACUCUCUACAGCAUGAUGAGCUCUGAUAGAAGACCAGAUUCUGGUCAGGGUUUGUUGUUAUACCUGAGAGAUCUUGUCCAGAAAGUUAUUCCUGCUGAUCAUCUAAACAUUAGGGGUUUGAUACAAUUGAGAAAUGAGAUGGCAUAUUUUUUAAGUGAUCAAGUAUCGAAAUCCACAACAAAUGAUGGUCAGGCUUCAUAUCACAUUGGCAGGUUACCAGAUCCUAUCAACAACCAACGAGCAUGUCUGAAAUGUGCUCAACUAACAAACUGUUGUAUUUAUCAAAAGUCUAUAGAGCAAAAGAAUUUGAACUCCUCUAUGGCAAGUCUGGUUCCCAACACCUUGUGUCACCUUCUACAGGAACAUUUACACUUCUAUGUUCACUGGUGCCUUAUGUUGGACCUAGAGGCUAAAGCCAGCACAGAUAAGGGAGGAGUCAGUGAUCUGUGGUGUAAAACAGGCCACAAAAGAGAACAAGAAGGUAGCUGUAUAGAUGGAUUGAGAUUAUCAGAUCAUCAAGUUAAUAAUGGAUAUUGUUUACUGACAUUCUCCAGACACCAAGAUAAGCAAAAGUUAUAUUCCACUAGUAUUAACAUGAUAGGUAUAGCUGUACAGGAUUACAUGAUUAUAUCAACAGAAAAGACCAAUCAUUUAGCUCUAUGCAAUGGUACUGUUGUUGGUAUUACAGAGGAAAGUAUUGACAUUGCAAUUGAAAGUGAAAGUUUACAGAGAAUUAUAACAUUAAAAGAGGAGAUAUUCAGACUAGAUAGAUACAGUAGCUUUAGUACAGCCACUAUUUUGUAUUCAAACUUAUCCAAACUAAUGAUGGAUGAACCUCGAAGUGAUAAUCUUAGAAAACUAAUUAUAGACAGAAAGACUCCAGAAUUUGCAGCUAAACUUUCAAAAAUAGAAAUAGAAAAAGUGAAAGGAAUAUUCAAGUCUCUGAAUAAGCCACAGAAGACAGCUGUGUUAAAGGUGUUAAUGAGCAAAGAUUAUGUUUUGAUAAAAGGCUAUCCUGGCACAGGUAAAACAGCAACAAUAGUAGCUGUAGCUAGAGUACUGAAUCUGCUAGGUCUGUCUGUCCUGCUGACUAGUUACACUCACUCUGCUGUAGAUAAUAUUCUGCUUAAACUUAUGAAGCAUAAUAUAGAGUUCCUAAGACUUGGGAAGACCAGUAAGAUACACCCACAGAUACAGAGAUUUUCAGCUGAUCUACUGACAAAGAAUCUUCAAACUGUUGGUGAUCUCAGACAAUUCUACAGUCAACAGAGAAUAGUGGCGACUAGUUGUUUGGGUACAAACCAUCCAGUGUUUACACAGAAAAAGUUUGAUGUAUGUAUAGUAGAUGAAGCAUCCCAAGUUUUACUACCAGCAUGUCUUGGCCCACUGUUUUGUGCUGACAAAUUUGUUCUUGUUGGAGAUCCUAAACAGUUGCCACCUGUAAUGCAGAGUAGAGAGGCUAGGGGUCUAGGUAUGGAUUUGAGUUUAUUUGACAAGUUAGAUGGUGUAGGAGGUACAUGUGAAUUAAAUCUGCAAUACAGAAUGAACAGGCAGAUCAUGGCACUGAGUAAUGUUCUGGUGUAUGAUGGAUUAUUGCAGUGUGGUUGUGAUGCAGUAGCUAGUGGUCAAUUAGAGAUGGACACUGAUCAUAUUUCAGAAAUUUGGUUAAAUCAAGUGUUCAAGGGCACCCCAUACAAAGCUACCAUCUUUAUAGAUACUUCAGAGGUGCAAGCAGGGGAGUCUAAAGAUAAUUCUGGUAUGGUUGUUAAUUUUGGAGAGAGUAAAAUUGUACAAAAACUUGUCAGUACAUGUCUUAAGGGAGGAUUGCUGUCUGAAGAUAUUGGUGUCAUUGCCCCUUACAGACAUCAAGUGAGAGUGAUUCAUGAUAGUUUAUCUAACUGUGCUGUAGAGGUUAAUACAGUAGAUCAGUAUCAGGGAAGGGAUAAAGAACUUGUGAUUAUAUCAUUUACAAGAAGUUAUAAGGAGAAAUUAUCUGAAAACUUUAAGUCAGGAGACUUGUUGAAAGAUGUAAGAAGAUUGAAUGUGGCAGUUUCCAGGGCAAAGAAGAAGUUGAUUAUGGUUGGUGACUAUGUGACAUUACAGACUUAUCAACCUUUGGCAGUCAUACUAAACCUGAUGAAGAAAAAUGAUCUCAUUGUCACACUAUCUGAGCUGGAACUUUGAAAAUCCUUUCUUGAUGAAUAAUUCUAUUAAUACAAAUGUAUUAAGAAUAGAAAAUUGAAGAGAGAAUAACUAGCAUUUACAGGGAUUUGUUUUGUUUUUUGAUGAUUUGAUCAACUGCUAAAGGCUGAUGUUUGAAGCUAUGAUUUUGAGUAUACCUUGAAUUGAUUGCUCAAAAUAAUGAGGACAGAAAUCCACUUAAAGGAGACAACAAAAAUUGAACCCAGAGGCUGUGAGAUGCUAGUCUGAAGGUGUAACAAUGGAAAAUCAUUUUUAAAUCUGCCCAUUGUAAUAGGCGCCAUUGAUUUCAAAUAUAAGCGUUCAUUCAUCCAUCUGAUUAUUACCUAUUGUAUGUAUUGUUAAUUUGUUCUCAUCUUGAAGAUGCAUGCUAUAUUUGCAUCUCUUCAUUACUGUAAUAAGUUAAAUCAGUGACUUUCUAUAGUGCUCACAAAGGUUAUUUAUCUGUAUUAAUAUAGUUUUCCAAUUUGUUCACUAACUGUAACAUUCAUCAACAUGUAUUAAUGUGAUAUGCAAAUAUUUUUUGUUCAAAUGUAUUAAUGUAAUAGGCAAAUAUUUUUUGUUCAAAUGUAUUAAAACAUAAUUUAUUCAGCAGUGUUUUUAUGCUCCACCUACGAUAGUAGUCUCCAUGAUUAAUGCCAAAUUAGAGAAUUUAUUCGAAUUUCACUUUCACGGUCCAGUAAACAUAGAAAAUGAUAGUGUGAGUGGGGCAUCCGUGUACUGUGGACACAUUCUUGUUUACAGAGGUUUUUAGUUGAUUUCCUCAGCUUUUCAAAUUGUUUGUUGCUUUCUUCUUCAUUGAAGGGGGGUAGGACCUUUAUUGGGAGUACAGGAUAGGGUUUUUUUAGCUCGGUAUUUCUGGAUUGACCCUUUAAGGAUCUGGGAAUUCUUUUUUUCGAAAUGUUGGGAUUUAAAUUUAUUUAAAUUCGGGACCCGGGGAUUUCGAGUUGUUAACCCGAGAUUUAGGGUUCUGGACCCCCUUGUUUAGAUCUCAAGUCAAAAGCUUUAUUUAAAGUUGAUACAUAUACAUAUACAGUACUGACUGUACUACUUAUGCUCUGCAGAGCUUUAUAAAUUGAUAUACACUGCAUUUGAUAAAAUAAUAUACAUAAGACAUUCUUUUGUUUUGAAGAUAAACAUAUAAAUUUUAGAACAAAGAAGAUACAUUUUUAUAAUUAGUUGUUAUUGGCUUUGAGCUAGGUGACAAUAACUGCAAGUACUCUCAGAACUGGGCUUCAGUUUGACUUUUCUGUUGUAUUAAGGGAUGUAUAAAAUAAAAUUCACUGCCACGUCUAAUUCUGGGGU